UUAAAGCAUGGAGGUAGAAGCAGAGAAUGAUAAGAAAUGAAGUGGGAGAGCUAGCAGCUAGAGGGGCCAGAGGUGGUGGUGCACCUGGUUGAGUGCACAUGUUAGAAUGUACAAGGAUCCAGGUUCGAUCCCCCAGUCCCCACCUGCAGGGGAGAAAUUUUACAGGUGGUGAAGCAGUGCUGCAGGUGUCUCUUUUUCUCUUUCCCUUUCUAUCACCCCCUUCCCUCUCGAAUUCUGGCCGUCUCUAUCCAAUAAAUAAAUAAAGAUACUAAUUUUUAAAAAAGAGAUGGCAGUUAGAUUAUAAGUCUGUAGGAGGAAGAAGUGAUAAGAAGAGACCAAGUAACUGGUAACCAGUACCAUUGAUGUACUGAUAUAUUCCUCUGACUUGAAAAUCUACCUUAUGUUGAGCUCCACAGGAGGACGAAGAGGUCCCAAUAGGACAUCCUACUGUCGGAACCCUCUCUGUGAGCCAGGACCCUCAGGAGGCUCUGGUGGGGGUCACACCUCCAGUGCAUCAGUCACCAGUGUUCGUUCCCGUGCCAGGAGCAGUUCUGGUACCGGUCUCUCCAGCCCCCCACUGGCUACCCAGACGGUCAUCCCCCUACAGCACUGCAGGAUCCCCGAGCUGCCAGUUCAGGCCAGCAUUCUGUUUGAGUUGCAGCUCUUCUUUUGCCAGCUCAUAGCCCUCUUUGUCCACUACAUCAACAUCUACAAAACAGUGUGGUGGUAUCCUCCUUCCCACCCUCCCUCUCAUACUUCCUUGAAUUUCCACUUGAUCGACUUCAACUUGCUGAUGGUGACCACCAUUGUUCUGGGCCGACGCUUCAUUGGAUCCAUCGUGAAGGAGGCUUCUCAGAGGGGGAAGGUCUCCCUCUUUCGAUCCAUCCUGCUGUUCCUCACCCGCUUCACCGUUCUCACGGCAACAGGCUGGAGUCUGUGCCGCUCCCUCAUCCACCUCUUCAGGACCUACUCCUUCCUGAACCUCCUGUUCCUCUGCUAUCCGUUUGGAAUGUACAUUCCGUUCCUGCAGCUGAACUGUGACCUUCGAAAGACAAACCUCUUCAGCAACAUGGUCUCCAUGGGUCCUCGGGAGGCUGUCAGUGGACUGGCAAGGAGCCGGGACUACCUGCUGACACUAAGGGAAACGUGGAAACAGCACACUCGACAGUUGUAUGGCCCAGAGGCCAUGCCCACCCAUGCCUGCUGCCUGUCUCCCAGCCUCAUCCGCAGUGAGGUGGAAUACCUCAAGAUGGACUUCAACUGGCGCAUGAAGGAAGUGCUGGUCAGCUCCAUGCUGAGUGCCUAUUAUGUGGCCUUUGUACCUGUCUGGUUCGUCAAGAACACACAUUACUAUGACAAGCGCUGGUCCUGUGAGCUCUUCCUGCUGGUGUCCAUCAGUACAUCAGUGAUCCUCAUGCAGCACCUGCUGCCUGCCAACUACUGUGACCUGCUGCACAAGGCCGCUGCCCACCUGGGCUGCUGGCAGAAGGUGGACCCAGCACUGUGCUCCAAUGUGCUGCAGCACCCGUGGACGGAAGAAUGCAUGUGGCCACAGGGCGUGCUGGUGAAGCAUAGCAAGAAUGUCUACAAAGCAGUGGGCCACUACAAUGUGGCCAUCCCCUCCGAUGUAUCCCACUUCCGGUUCCACUUCUUUUUCAGCAAACCCCUUCGGAUCCUCAACAUCCUGCUGCUGUUAGAGGGAGCUGUCAUUAUCUACCAGCUGUACUCCUUGAUGUCUUCUGAAAAGUGGCACCAGACCAUCUCACUAGCACUCAUCCUUUUCAGCAACUACUACGCCUUCUUCAAACUGCUGCGGGACCGCCUAGUACUGGGCAAGGCCUACUCAUACUCAGCUAGCCCCCAGAGGGACCUGGACCAUCGGUUCUCCUGAGCCCCAGGGCAACCCCAGGAACAUCAUCCAGGCUUCAGCCAGGGUUCUCUGGAAAGGGGCUGUUGGGGAGGGUUGGAUGAGGGGAGAAAAAAAAAAAAAAAGAAUCAAUCCUUCAGA